AUUACUCUUGAGGGCAGAGAGGUUAGGAAGCCGGCAUGGCGCUCCGGUCAAUAAAAUCGAUAGCUGGAAGCUGCCUGUGUUCCAGGCAAAGGCGGUGCAGUAGCAGCGCCGCCAUUUUCCCCGAAGGCAUCUUCCGGUGCCUUUCACCCAAGUUCGGGCAGGAGUUUCCUGAAUAACAGAGAAAGGUUUCCGUUAGCCCUGCGGGCGGCCGAUUCCGAUUCCCUCUGGCCCUCCCCGGCCACGCUCAGCCCUGGUCCGGCUGGGGCUCCUAAAUCCCGGGGUCCGCCAGCGACCAAGGGCCGAGGCCUGGACGGGGAAGGCCGUGGGGCCGGCUUCUCAGGUCCAAUGGCGCCGCCUUCGGCUCCGCUAGCUGCGCGGGGACCAGGACAAGCCAGACCCAGUCGGAGAAGGGGAAGGAGGCCGAGGGCUGUGAAGUUCGUGGACGUGGCCGUGUACUUCUCCCCAGAGGAGUGGGGAUGUCUGCGGCCCGCGCAGAGGGCCCUGUACCGGGACGUGAUGCGGGAGACCUACGGCCACCUGGGCGCGCUCGGGUGCGCAGGUCCCAAACCAGCCCUUAUCUCCUGGUUGGAACGAAAUACCGAUGACUGGGAACCAGCUGCCCUAGACCCACAGGAGUACCCAAGAGGGGUAACAGUCCAGAGAAAAAACAGAACCAGAAAGAAGAAUGGGGAGAAGGAAGUAUUCCCACCUAAGGAGCCACCCCGAAAGGGAAAGCGAGGCCGGCGGCCCAGCAAACCCCGACUGAUUCCCAGGCAGACAUCCGGGGGCCCCAUCUGCCCUGACUGUGGCUGUACCUUCCCUGAUCACCCGGCCCUGGAGAGCCACAAGUGUGCCCAGAAUCUGAAAAAGCCUUACCCUUGCCCAGACUGUGGGCGCCGCUUUUCCUAUCCAUCCCUGCUGGUCAGUCACAGGCGGGCACACUCUGGUGAGUGCCCCUAUGUUUGUGACCAGUGUGGCAAACGUUUCUCUCAGCGCAAGAACCUCUCCCAGCACCAGGUUAUCCAUACAGGCGAGAAGCCCUACCACUGCCCUGACUGUGGCCGCUGCUUCCGUAGGAGCCGGUCCUUGGCCAAUCAUCGGACCACGCACACAGGCGAGAAACCCCACCAGUGCCCCAGCUGUGGGCGUCGCUUCGCCUACCCCUCCCUGCUAGCCAUCCACCAGCGCACACACACAGGAGAGAAGCCCUACACCUGCCUCGAAUGCAACCGCCGCUUCCGCCAGCGCACUGCCCUAGUCAUUCACCAGCGCAUCCACACUGGCGAGAAGCCCUACCCAUGUCCGGACUGUGAGCGGCGUUUCUCCUCAUCCUCUCGCCUGGUCAGUCAUCGGCGUGUACACUCUGGUGAGCGUCCCUAUGCCUGCGAGCACUGCGAGGCCCGCUUCUCGCAGCGCAGUACACUGCUCCAGCACCAGCUCUUGCACACGGGAGAGAAGCCCUACCCCUGCCCAGACUGUGGACGUGCCUUCCGGCGGAGCGGCUCCCUGGCCAUACAUCGCAGCACACACACCGAGGAGAAACUGCACGCUUGUGACGACUGUGGCCGCCGCUUUGCCUACCCCUCGCUGCUGUCCAGUCACCGGCGCGUGCACUCAGGCGAGCGGCCCUAUGCCUGCGACCUUUGCUCCAAGCGUUUUGCCCAGUGGAGCCAUCUGGCUCAGCACCAGCUACUGCACACUGGGGAGAAGCCUUUCCCUUGCCUUGAGUGUGGCCGAUGCUUCCGCCAGAGGUGGUCUCUGGCUGUCCACAAGUGUAGCCCCAAGGCCCAAAACUGUAGCCCUAGAUCUGCUACUGGGGGGCCCAGUCAGAGGGGCAAUGCCCUUUAGAGUGGGAAGGACUGCAUAUGUUCAUUUCAUUUCAUGGAGGGGCCCAGAAAAGGGAAGGAGGAACCAUAGGUCACGCAGGGCAAAGUCAGAACUAAAACCCAGGUCUCCUGCUGCACAGAACUGAACUUUAGUAUAUUCCACUGCACUGGCUGCCUUCCUGUGUGUGUCAAGGACAGUCCCAUUAGGAGUGAUGACAUCAUUUGGUUAAAGUUUUCCAAGCUACUCUAGCCUAAAAUAAUUUAUGUGUGUGGAUGUCAGGGCUAAAGUUCUCUCCAUCUGUUUCAGGGGCUGUCUGCUUUUCUAGAGGGUGCAUAUUGGGGUUACCUGUCCCCUUGCAUGCAGUCAGGAGAAUCCCAUUUAUAGGGGCAGGACCUUCUACUCUGCCUCUUCUUCUGUACCAGGUUGGAAAAACCUGGUUUGGCCCACUUUUUACAACACUCCUGCCAAGUAGUCUUCUACCCCUUGAUUGAAAACUUCCCUUGACAGGGAGCUCACUACCUCACAAGGCAGGUCAUUUCACCUGGGAUAGCACUGGUCUUUAGAAGGUUGUCAAGUACCACAUUCUCCUCUGUAAACCUUGCCUAGAAUAUGUUUAAAUAUUUCAUCUACAUGGCAGCCCUUCAGAUAACUUAAUCACAACCACUUUGCCCCCAAGUUUUCAGGUUAAAUAGCACUAACAUGAUCAAUCAUCCCUUAAGACAGGGUUUCAAUUCCCACAUGAUCUCUCUCCAAACGCACUAUUUUUCAAUGUCUCUUUUAAAGGGUCAUACAAAAAUAAGGCAGCACCCACAGUGUAUGCUGUACACUUCCUUGUUCUGUACUUGUCUCAGCAGCUCUUGGUUGCACUGGAUUUGGGUGCAGCUGCACUGUACCAGGGGUUUAUUGUGUUGCAGAUGUCUAAAUGCCCUACACUUUUUUUUUUUAAACUACAUGCUAUAGAGCCAAAUCUUUUCCACACUGUGUUUGGAAAAUUGGUUCAAGUUGGGUAUGAGACAUAAGUAUAGUAAGCUUUGGGAGAAGGUUGAUCUUAAGGAAAAACAAGGGACCUGUGGUCUAGCAGCAAGAAGUAAGUACGGGACUGGCUUGUGCUUCAUCUGGUGGACUUGGAUUAGUUCCAGGAAGCCAGUGGCUGGAAAAUCCUUGAGAACUGGGUCUUACUCCUCCCUGGGUCUCAUCAGAAUUAGGAGAAUCAGCACAGAACCUUCUAUGAAGCCUCAGUCAACAUUUUUUCAUAAAAUUAGGUGAGGCCUUUCAAGGAGGAUAGAAAGUUAGGAAUUGACUACAAAGAGGAAAAGUCUAUAGUCAUCAAAUUGCAUCCAUGCCGGCCUUCCUCCAGAGGGGCAGCGGCGGCAGUGGCAGCAGCAAUGUGUCUUAAUCUUUGAUAUGCCUCCAUAGCUCAGUAAAGCUUUACCGAAUUAUUAUAAAUGUGAAAAAGGCCCACCACUUUGCCUUGGGCAGCUGCACCAAAUUGGAAUUUCCAAACGUGACUUCUCAUAUUCCAACAGCUGGAGUGGGUAGCUCUCCUCCCCCUGUUGCUUUUUCCUACAGCUCUCCUGAUCUCAGCGCCAGAGUGUGAGAGCAGCUGGGGAGCACAGCAUUGUGUAAUUACCUCCGUUCUGUUUCUGCUUAGUCAGUCUGCAUUGUAAUUGUUUGUCUGUUUCUCCUUGGAUGAUGAGCUACCCCCAGGCAGGGGUCAUACCAGACUGGGUCUCAUUAAAAUGUCUGAUGAAUGAA